GAAAAUUACAAGACGCAUCUUUGAAGUGUGAGCAGAACCUAAAAGACUCGGAAAGGGAGCUACGAUAUGCUGUCAGGUACAUCAAGUUGAUCUCCCGCAGCACACCACUGAGGCGGCGGUGGAGGAAAGUGAGAGAAUAUUCUCCAAGCUCAUCCGCGCCAUGGAGAAGCAGAGGGGUGACGUGAAGGAGAUGAUCCUUGGCCACGAGCAAGCAGCCCUCGCUCACACCCAGCAUCUCCUGGAGAAGGUGGAGAGGGAGAUGAUGGAGGUGAGGAGAGGAGAGGCGGAGCUUGAGAAGCUCUCCCGGCUGGACGACCACCUCCACUUCCUUCAGAAGUGCAGAGUUCUUCACUUCCCGACCAAGAAGGUGCAGAUUCCCAACAUGGACACAUUUCCAUACCUGAUGUACAAAAGCAUGAAAGGAGGUUUGGCGGAGCUGAGGGACAGUCUGGAAGAAAGUCUGCAGCGAGAGUUCAACAGGAUCUCUGACAAAGUGUCUUCACUGAAGGAAACCAGCAAUCCAAAUCCCCCGGAAAAGAUCAAAGUAACCAUUGAUCCUCAUAUCCUGCAUGACUCGGAACCAAAGAGCAGAGAAGAAUUUCUCCACUACGCGCAGGACUUGGCGCUGGACCCAAACACGGCCAACCCAUACCUCAGUUUGUCCGAGGACCACAGGAUGGCGACCACACGCUCCGAGCCCCAGCCGUACCCCCCAAACCCUGACCGCUUCAGCAGCUGGGCUCAGGUCCUGUGUCGGGCGGGCAUGGCGGGCCGCUGCUACUGGGAGGUGGAGUGGGCGGGAAAGGGCGGGGCCUCGGUGGGCGUGUGCUACAGGAGCAUGGGCAGAAGCGGCAGUGGCAGCGACAGCAAACUGGGCCACAAUUCUAAAUCCUGGAGCCUGGACUGCACACAAGGCGGGUGCACAUUUCGACACGACAAGCACAGCGUGGGUGUGGCCAAACCCGGCGGAAACAGGAUAGGAGUGUAUCUGAACUUUAGAGGCGGGGUCUUGUCCUUCUACAGCGUGAGUGACAGCAUGGUGCUUCUUCACAGCGUCCAGACCACGUUCAACCAGCCCGUCUAUCCUGGAUUCUGGGUGGGUUUAGGAUCUUCUUUGAAGCUCUGCUCCCUGUAGAGACUCAUGGCUAUGUCAAAUUAGAGUUGUCCUCGUUAACCCAAGUGUACCUAAUUGGGGUGUGACGGUACACAAAAAUGUUGGUUCGGUACGUACCUCGGUUUAGAGGUCAUGGUUCGGUACAGUAAGAAAACAAAAUAUACAUUUUUUGGUUAUCUAUUUACCAAAUUUGUAAACAAUGGCUUUAUCCUUUUAACAUUAGGAACACUAUAAUAAUUCUGCCCAUGUUAAUCCACAUUAAACUGCCUCAAAUUGUUGCUCAGAUUAAAUAAAAUGACAAAACAUAUAAAAAGUGCAACAUUAAACAGUUUCAGGUCAACUCAAGCUGCUUAAUUUAUUACAGCAUUUGGGAAGCCUGUAGUUGAUUUUUAUUAUGUAAAUGUUAUAUUUUUGUCAACAUGUGAUAGCAGGGACCCUGCCAAUCAAAACUAGGCUGCUACAUUACUAAUGAUUCAUGUAACUAUAGCUGAAAAAAAUAGUACAACAGCAAUAGGAGAGACUAUUCAUCCAUGAACACCAUGGAGUUCAAGUCAAAUAACAGACAGACAGGGCUUUGCUGCCCCUGACAUGCACACACGCACAAAAACGAGCUAACAUUACGCUAAAAGCUAAUUAGCCUUCACCUCAAGCCAGAACUGCGAGCGAGCUGAGCUGCAGUUUAAGUUUCUAGAAGCUCAACGGGCUUAUAGUGAUGUUAGUAGUAGUUGACUGGGAGGUGUUUCUUAUAAUUAAGGGAGAGUACGCUCCCGUAUGCUCACUUGCUAAACACCAAUCUGCUCGACGCUGAAGCAUCUACUACAUGCACUCUGAAUACGCACUGCUGAUUGGCUGUUAUUGCUUUGUAUGUAACCAAUCAGAUGGUUGUGUGGGUGGGACAAUGCUGGGUGCUGAGACAGAGGCAGAAGAAGCAAAGCAGCUUGUUAAAACAUUAGCUUAGAAACUCGUUCGAUACACCCCCGUACCGAACCCCAAGUACCGAAACGGUUCCAUACAAAUACACGUACCGUUACACCCCUAGUACCCAAUAUUGUGGCCAAAUAAGGGGAGAAUAUUGUCAAGUAUUUGUAUAUUUAAUGACAUCUUUUCAUGUUCCACCAAGCAGCACUUUGUUCAGAUCUUAUUGAAGGCAGCAAUAUCCACACUCUGGACCUGGAAGAGUGAGCAAAACCUCUUUAGCUUUGCACUUUCUUUCCAAAGGAAUAAAACCAGUUUGGAAUGACUUAUACUCACCAAGUCCUCAAACUUGGUAAUCUCCUCCUCCAAGAUGUCCGUCCCCACUUUGUCGUCCUCCACCACGCAGUUGAUCUGCAGCUUCUUGAUGCCGUAACCUACCGGCACCAGUUUGGAGGCGCCCCACAGGAGCCCAUCCACCUGCACCGAGCGCACACACUCCUCCAGCUUGGACAUGUCCGUCUCAUCGUCCCACUGAGAGGACAAAACCGAAAUCAGCGACAACGUUGCUUGUGAUUAGUAAAGCUGUGGGACUUACGGGCUUGACGUCCAACAAGAUGGAAGACUUGGCGAUCAAGGCGGGCUUCUUGGCUUUCUUGGCGGCGUACGCCUCCACGCGUUCCUGCUUCAGACGAGCCGUCUCUUCAUCUUCCUCGUCACUGCCGAACAAGUCAAUGUCGUCAUCAUCGUCAUCCUCUUGCACCGCCACCUUUUCGGCAGGAGCAGCUUGGACCGGCGCCACCUUGCGGAAAAAUCAGGAAUAAGUGGUGGCAGGUGUGUCGACGCGGGACUCGCCGCCUUCUACCUUGGCUGCAGGUAUGUUGGUCUUCUCCAACUGGACCACUCUGGACUCCAGUUUCUGCAGGGCAGCCCUCAUGUCCCCCACCACUGACACACACAAGCAGUUAGCUUCAAUCAAGCCAACAUUAAAAACUAAAUAAAGUCUAAAAGGGAACCUA